AUUUUCCCCUUUUUUCAGUGUGUUCAACGUUUUGAAAAAGGGAAAAAAAAUCCAGGAAGAAAGAGACAGGUGAACACAAAGAAAGAACCAAACACGAUUCGUUUUUUUCUUCUUUCAAAAAUAUAAAAAAUUAACCUGGAAAAUGGUCUCUCUCUCUCUCUCUGCUCAAGGGGUCUCUUUAGAAUUUCAUUAGAAUUGUUGAAGCUUCGACAUUUGCAUCAACAGAUUACCGAAGACAUCUGUGUUCUUUAAUCUGUGUACUUUGACUGCUUGUCCUAAUCAUCAUAAGCCAACCUUUCUUCCUCCUCCUGGAGAUUCUCUCUCCUGGUUUCUUCUUCAUAUCCUUUUUAUCUCAGAUGUUCUGUUCGCAAAGCAAUCCUUCCGUGUCGAAUCCUUUUCCCUUUCUUCUUCUUUCCCCUUUUCUAUAUUUGACAAGUCUCUCCUCUUUGAUCACACUUUAACCCUCUCCUCUCCCCAACCGCGUUUUCUCGUUCUCUCCCAACCUCCUCCGUCGUCGCUUCCCCAUUCUUCACUUUGGAAAAUUCCAUCUCUUUCAUCUCUAUCGGAGAUACCCAUCAAAACCCGUUUCCCAGAUUCCCUCUUCUUCGAUUUUGACUCUUCAAGUCUCUCUUUUUUUUUUUUUGCAGACUCCAUCUCUAAGCUCCGGCGUCACGCAUCUGAACUCUACUCAAAUCCGAUCGAUUCUUGAAACCCUUGUUUUCACUUCGUGAAUCCAUCGAUCUCCGGCAGUCAAAAUCUCAGCUUUCGUCCUGAUUUUAGCUCAUGAUUUUUUGAUUAUUUGAGGUCAAUGUCGGUUGCUUGUGGGCUAGAGUGCGUGUUCUGCGUUGGGUUUACACGUUGGGCGUGGAAACGCUGCACCCACGUCGGCUCCGACGAUAGCGCCACGUGGCCGGCGGCGACCGCCGAGGAGUUCGAGCCCGUCCCUCGCAUUUGCCGCGCGAUUCUCGCCGUCUACGAGCCAGAUCUCCGAAACCCUAAAAUCCCACCUUCCAUCGGAGCAUUCGAUCUAAACCCUGAUUGGGUCCUGAAACGUGUGAGCCGCGAGGAGACGCAAGGCCGGUCUCCUCCUUACAUAAUCUACGUCGACCACACCCACCGGGAGAUCGUCUUGGCGAUUCGAGGGCUAAACCUCGCGAAAGAGAGCGAUUACAAGAUCCUGCUGGAUAAUCGGCUAGGGAAGAAGAUGCUGGGAGGUGGGUAUGUUCAUCACGGGCUGUUGAAGUCGGCGGCUUGGGUUUUGAAUCAGGAAUCGGAGACGCUGAGGCGAGUUUGGGAGGAGAAUGGGAGAGAUUACAAGAUGGUGUUUGCGGGUCACUCUCUUGGGUCUGGUGUCGCGUCGUUAAUGGCGGUUCUGGCGGUGAACGACCCGGAGAGGCUCGGCGGAAUUCCCCGAAGCAAGAUCCGGUGCUUUGCCGUGGCUCCGGCGAGGUGUAUGUCUCUCAAUCUGGCCGUCAAAUACGCCGAUAUCAUCUACUCCAUCAUCUUGCAGGACGAUUUUUUGCCAAGAACAGCGACACCCUUGGAAGAUAUUUUCAAGUCGAUAUUCUGCUUGCCAUGCCUGUUGUUCUUAGUGUGUUUGAGAGAUACGUUUAUACCAGAGGGUCGAAAGCUAAGAGAUCCUCGGAGACUCUACGCCCCGGGACGGAUUUAUCAUGUCGUGGAGCGCAAGUUUUGCAGGUGCGGGAGGUUUCCGCCGGAGGUGAGAACAGCGAUACCGGUGGACGGGAGGUUCGAGCAUAUAGUGUUAUCGUGCAACGCGACAUCGGACCAUGCGAUACUGUGGAUAGAGAGGGAGACGGAGAAGGCAGCGAAGGUGAUGAGGGAGAAGGAGACGGUGAGGGAGGCGCCCAAGGUGAAGAGGAUGGAGAGGAAGAAGACGAUAGAGAGAGAGCACAAAGACGCGCUGGAGAGAGCGGUGAGCCUCAACAUUCCACACGCAGUCGCUUCCUCUGCCGAAGAAGACGAUGGUGGAGAAACAGAGACGACGGCAGGCGGAGGAGGAGGGUCGGGGAAGAAGGCGAAUUGGGACCAAGUGGUGGAGAAGCUCUUCAAGAGGAGCGACUCUGGUGAGCUCGUCCUCGACAAUCGGAUUGAUGAUGAUCAUCGUCUUGUUGUUGCUGUUGACCCUCCACAAAGAUAGUGUUGUAAAGCACUGUGAUUGCGUGCAUCUUUCUUUGGUUCCAUAUACCAAGAAUAUUAAGAUUUCUUCUUAUAAACAGACAAAAACACGUUAAAAACA